UGUGCUGUGAGUUUCAGUUCAGAGGCCAUUCCAAAUGGCAUUGGGUUUGGAGGGCGAAUUAAUCACUUUGGCCUGUUCCUCUCGGCAGCCUUUGAUCAGGGGCACACUUUCUCUUGUGCAACGUUCAACAGCCCUUGCCUUUCAAAGAGCAGUAAAAUCUGCCCAGAAGUGAUAGAAUGCUGGGGAGUUGUUAGGAAAGGAACCCAGCAAGAAAAACAAGAUGCUCUUAAAGGGACUGUCCUAGAAAGGUUUAAGGAGGACCGGAAUAUGCUCAAUAUGGUAGGGAUUGCAAAUGCUAGUGAGUAAAUGUGAUCAACUUUGGCCUGCACUUUCAGAUGGGGCUUCGACAUUCAGAUCGGUGGUUAAGGUUAGAAGUCUUGUUCAAUAUUUGUCAAGUUCAAGGAAAAUUGUUUUCAUCUCUAGUUCCUGAUUCCUCAAUCAAACCGAACUUUAUUUUUUAAUCAAUAUAGUAAUAUAAUCCCCAAGAACGCAAGUGUAUCAUGUGUACGCCAGUUCCUCUCUUACAACUACAGAAAUUUACUGGUGGUUAGAAACAGGAAAUUACAGCAGUGAUUAUUAAGAACCAUACACUAAUCUACUCAUCUCACAGAAAUACUUUUAUGCCUCUUUCUUAUGCUAGAAAUAGUAAUUAUAAUGUUUCUCUAUUCCUUGCAAAGAAAUAUCAUGUAAUAUGAAUCAUUUAACUGUUUUGGCUCUCCCUUGUUGCUUAAGUUUCAAUAUAUUCGUGGGCAGCAUAAUGUAGCUUGCCUCUUUCAUGCAACUUUUUAGAUUUAUGAUAUUAUUCAGUUGAUGCAGUAGGUAGUUAGUAGCUAUUAGGAUAAUUGUAUAUCAAGCUUUUCUUUUCCAUUAUAGGAAUUUUUCUGUUUUUCAAAUGCCUCUGUAAUUUUUAAGCUCUGUUAUAACUAGAGGGGUUACUGUAAAGUUAACGUUGCUUCUUUAAUAUGUCUUAGUAGAAAAUAAACUGUUCAAACUCUA